GGCACGGCGGGGGAGGGGACGGGACAACCCGGGCCCCGCGGUUCUGCUGGGCGGGCGGCGGGGGGGGGAAGCGAGGCCGGUAAAUAAGGAAACACCGGUAAAAAGGAGCCGGCAUCAUGUCGGCGGACGAAGAAGAGCUGAAAGUCCCGGAGGAGAUGUUUAAAGACGUCAAGUUCUUCACGGUGGGAGACAUCGAGCCCAAGGUUAUUCAACUUCUGAAAGCUGGGAAAGCAAAGGAAGUCUCUUACAAUGCCCUGGCCUCACAUAUUAUUUCAGAAGACGGAGACCAUCCAGAGGUUGGAGAAUCUCGUGAAGUUUUUGAUCUCCCUGUGGUAAAGCCUUCCUGGGUGAUCCUGUCUGUUCGCUGUGGAGCUCUCCUUCCCGUGAAUGGCUUCUCUCCAGAAUCGUGUCAGACGUUUUUUGGAGUUACUGCCUGUCUCUCUCAGGUUUCAUCUGAAGACCGAAAUACGCUGUGGGCUUUGAUUACUUUUUAUGGUGGGAAUUGCCAGCUGAACCUGAAUAAGAAGUGUACUCACUUGAUUGUGCCUGAGCCAAAGGGGGAGAAAUAUGAGUGUGCUUGUAAGCAUGACAGCAUUAAAAUUGUGACACCGGAGUGGGUAUUGGAUUCUAUAGCUGAUAAGGCUAAAAAGGAAGAGACUCCAUAUCAUCCUCGUUUAAUUAUAUACGAGGAAGAAGAGGAGGAGGAGGAAGAAGAAGAGGAAGAAGCUGAAAAUGAAGAGCAAGAUUCUCAAAAUGAAGCUAGUACUGAUGAAAAGUUAUCAAGCCCGGCAUCUUCUCGAGAAGGAUCACCUUUGGGUGACCAAGGUUUUUCACCAAAAUCUACUACUGCUGAUAAGGCAAAAGGGGAACUGAUGUUUGAUGAUUCUUCAGAUUCUUCUCCAGAAAAGCAGGAGAGGAAUUUGAAUUGGACACCAGCUGAAGUUCCACAAGCAUCCACAGCAAAGCGUAGGUUGCCUCAAGGAAAAGACUCUGGGUUAAUUAAUUUGUGUGCCAAUGUCCCACCUGUGCCAGGUAAUAUCUUGCCUCCAGAUAUGAGAGGUAAUUUAAUGUCUUCGGUACAAGGUGCCCAAAGUUCUGACCGACAGGAGAUGAUGUCUGCGUGGAGUCCAGCAGUGCGGACGUUGAGGAAUAUUACUAAUAGUGCUGAUAUUCAGCAGAUUAAUAGACCAUCAAAUGUAGCGCAUAUAUUACAAUCACUUUCAGCACCUACAAAAAGUUUAGAACAGCAAGUAAAUCAUAGUCAACAGGGACAUCCAAACGCGGUGCUGUUUAGUCAAGUGAAACUAACACCAGAGACACAUUUAUUGCAGCAGACACAUCAAGCACAGCAGCAACAGCACCAUCCUCUUUUACAUCUUCAACCUCAGCAACUUAUGCAGUUGCAGCAGCAGCAGCAACCCCAGAUAUCCCAGCAGUCUUUCCAGCAGCAACAGACUCAUCAAUUUUCGCAACAGCAACAAGUUCAUCAGCAGCACCAGUUUGCACAGCAGCAGCUUCAGUUUCCUCAGCAGCAGUUACAUGCUCAACAGCAGCUCCACCGUCCUCAGCAGCAGCUUCAGUUCCAACAGCAGCAUGCUUUGCAACAGCAACUUCAUCAGUUGCAGCAGCAGCAGCUACAGCAGCAACAGUUGCAGCAGCUCCAGCAACAGAACCUCCAGCAACAGCAGCUACAGCAUCAGCAGCAACAAAUUCAGCAGCAACAGUUACAACAGCAGCACUUACAGAGAUUACACCAACAGCAUCAGCAACAGCAAAUGCAGAAUCAGGCAACGCAGCACUUAACUCAGACAUCUCAAGCACUACAGCAUCAAGCUGUAGCCCAGCAGCAGCAGCACCAUCAGCAGCAGCAGACACAACUGCAGCAGCAGCCACUCUUUGGACAUGAUCCGUCAGUAGAGAUUCCAGAAGAUUAUUUCCUGCUGGGUUGUGUCUUUGCAAUUGCUGAUUACCCAGAACAGAUGUCUGAUAAACAGCUGUUAGCAACCUGGAAACGGAUCAUUCAAACGCAUGGUGGGACUGUGGACCCUACGCUUACAAGCAGAUGUACACAUCUUCUGUGUGAAAGUCAAGUCAGUAACAUGUAUGCUCAGGCACUUAGAGAAAGGAAGAGGUGUAUUACUGCACACUGGCUGAACUCAAUCUUGAAGAAGAAGAAGAUGGUGCCACCUCAUCGAGCCCUUCAUUUUCCAGUGGCGUUUCCACCAGGAGGAAAGCCAUGCUCUCAGCAUAUAAUCUCUGUGACAGGAUUUGUUGAUAGUGACAGAGAUGACCUCAAACUGAUGGCGUACCUAGCAGGUGCCAAAUACACAGGCUAUCUAUGUCGCAGCAACACAGUUCUCAUCUGUAAAGAACCCAGUGGCUUGAAGUAUGAGAAAGCCAAAGAAUGGAGAAUACCAUGUGUAAAUGCACAGUGGCUUUGUGACAUACUGCUGGGAAAUUUUGAAGCUUUACGGCAGAUACAGCACAGUCGAUAUACAGUGUUCAGUCUUCAAGAUCCACUUUCUCCUAGUCAACAUCUAGUUCUAAACCUGCUGGAUGCUUGGAGAGUCCCAUUAAAGGUAUCACCAGAACUUCUAAUGGGUGUGAGGUUGCCUUUGAAACCAAAGCAAAAUGAAUCCAGUCUUCAGCCAUCUUCCAAAAGAGCCAGGAUUGAAGACCUACCACCGCCUACUAAAAAGCUUACACCAGAGUUGACGCCAAUGGUGCUCUUCACAGGAUUUGAACCUAUGCAAGUUCAACAGUACAUUAAGAAACUGUAUAUUCUUGGGGGUGAAGUAGCAGAAUCUGCCCAGAAAUGCACCCACCUAAUUGCCAGUAAAGUGACCCGCACUGUCAAGUUCCUGACUGCAAUAUCUGUAGUCAAGCACAUCGUAACUCCAGACUGGUUAGAAGAGUGUUUCAAAUGCCAGAAGUUUGUUGACGAGCAGAACUUCGUGCUGAGGGAUGCUGAAGCUGAGGUGCUUUUCUGCUUCAGUUUGGAGGAGUCCCUGAAGAGAGCACAAGUAGCUCCGCUGUUCAAGGGAAAGUAUUUUUACAUUACACCUGGAAUUUGUCCCAGUCUUUCUACCAUGAAAGCUAUUGUGGAAUGCGCAGGAGGAAAAGUGUUAUCUAAACAACCUUCGUUUCGAAAACUCAUGGAGCAUAAACAGAAUAAAAGUUUGCCGGAGAUAAUCUUGAUUUCCUGUGAAAAUGACCUUCACCUGUGUAGAGAAUAUUUUGCUAGAGGCAUAGAUGUCCACAAUGCUGAAUUUGUCCUGACUGGAGUACUUACUCAAACACUGGAUUAUGAAUCAUAUAAAUUUACUUGAAGGAAUAGUAAACUGCCUUAGUGCUUCGGAGCCCAUGGAGCAUUAAAUCUAACUAUUCAGCCAUUGUACAAAGUAACUAAAACUUCCUGUGGAUGCUGUUUUCCAGCUGUUUGCCUAGGGAUGAAGAGCAGUUUAAAGCAGGGAAGCAAAAAUAAACUGCAUCAUUUUUAGGAUGUGUAAUUUUAUUAUGAGGAAACAUAAUUUACUAUGUUUUGUAUUAUACUCCCGUUUUAAAAGAUCCCCCUUUAGGUAUCACAGUUAGCCAGUUUUUAAACAUUUUAACGUUAAUGAUGGUACUUCAGCCAAAAGUGUAAUUUGGGUGUAAAAAUAAAAGGGCUUGCUGUCUAUUAAAUUAUGGAUGUUGAAGAUGAAAAUGUUUUGUACUUUAUUUUUAUUUCUUAUACUCUAUUUUCUUUUAUAUUGAUAUUUUGCCCACAUUUUAAAUAAAUGUACUUUUAAAUGUUUUACUCUAUAUUUUAGUGGUGGUUCAUUUUUUUGAAUACUGUGCAACAGUGGCACUCUGGUAAGAGUAAAUUACUCAAAUCUUUUUCCAAGCAAUGUAAACUUAUUUUGAACUUAUUUUUAUCAGGUAUGUUUUAAUAUAUAAAAAACCCAAUGCUUUAAAGGGGAAAUUGUUAAAAAUUUAUAGAUGAGUUUUUACUGAAAAAGAAAAGCUUGAAGGAAGGAGAAACUAUAACCCCACAUAGUGUGCUGUUGUGAUAAGCUUUGUUUGUAUAGUGAGUUUUACUAAAUAAAUAUUAAAAAUGUAUAUUCAGUUGUUCUUCCUGACUCACACACAGUUCUAAAUAAAUCUGAUGUUUUUUAGUUCUGAUUCUGGUAGAAGGAAAUUGUCCUAAAAACAUUUAUUUGAUCAGCAAGCCCAUUAAACUCUAGUGGGAUAGUGCAGAUAUUCACUUGUCUGCAUAGUGCUGGGUGUGUCAUAGCAGCUUGUGAGCCAUUCUAAGAACAAUCCAAGACUUAGGAGAUAAAGCUUACUUAAAACAAUUGCUUAUCACGCUGUUUCUUCUAACACUUUGUAUUUCUAUGCAGAACUGUAAUACAGGGAAGGUUUUUCACUGUUGCCUUAAAGGGAGGUAAGCAGCUAUUUUUAGCUUCUGCAAAGCUGACUGCAGAGAAGUUAUUAAUUUCAAAUCUCGUUUGUGCUAUGGCUUAGAAUUUAAAUCCACCUGAUAUUUGACCACUAUUUCUGUUGCCUUUUUUUCCCCCUAUGCCUCAGUUCAACAAGAUGCUUAAGCAAAUGACAAAUUCAAGCUGUAAGAACACAGAGUAAAUUUCAAGAUGAGUGAAGUCCCAUAGAGGUCAGUACUGUGCUUCUUGCCUGUUAGUGCUGGCUCUGGGUUCCUCAGCUACUGUGAUUUAUCCUUGUAUUCACCAUUUGUUUUCUAAGUAGUAAGGAGUUACAUGGUGAUAAGAGCAAUUUCUGCCAGCCUGACCUUUGGUUAGGCUGACAAAAUUCAGCCACCUCCUCUCUGGGCUGAACAAAAUAAGUGACUUCAGAGACUAAAAGUAUGAUAUGGGAUGGGAGAAAAUAGCACUUUUCCCCAAAUGCCAUUUAUUGCUUAGAAGCAAUAGUAAAAAAUAAUAAUAGUAAAAGGAGUUAUUUUUUGGUUAAUGGGUUUUCUUAAUGGCUUUAAGUUGUUCAGGCAGACAGACCUACCUGGUAUGUCCUCCCUUCCCUGUCAGUGGAGGGGGAGCAUAGCUCUAAAACCUGAUGUAAAGACCUGUGAAAAGAGCACAUCUCUUAAUGGAGAAAAUGGUAUGUUGUUUUUUUUUUUUUAAUUCAGAUACGUUUCUGAAUGUGAAAUAGUGAACCAAAGCAAAUCUGUGCUACUCUCUGUAUGGCUUAAGGCUUUAUUCAUUAUACUAGUUACCAGCAUGCAGAACGUUUCUUGGUGCCUUUUCCUUUAGAAAACAGCUGUUGUAGCUUUUGAACUUUUAAAAAUGCUGUGAUACGCAAACGCUUCUUACCUCAAA